UCUCAGGAACUGGGAAGAGGGGAAUGAACCGUGAGGGUGUCCCCGGGAAGAGUCCGGAGGAGAUGUAUAUUCAGCAGAAAGUCAGAGUCCUGCUAAUGCUUAGGAAGAUGGGAUCAAAUUUAACCACCAGUGAAGAGGAGUUCUUGAGAACGUACGCAGGGGUAGUGAAUAGCCAACUUAGCCAACUUCCUCAGCAUUCAAUUGAUCAGGGUGCUGAGGAUGGGGUGAUGGCAUUUUCCAGAUCGGAGACUGAAGACAGACGGCAGUAGCUUGAAGGGCUGUUGGAGCAAUUCAGAGCUGGAGCAGGGCAAAUAAGCUCUAGGAAAUCGAGGAAGAUGGCCGGACAAUCAUGAGUUCCUUUGCCCUCCCCUGAUUUUUUUUGUCUUGUCCCGUGGUAGCCUUCCCCAACCCAUUGAAUUCAGUUUUCCUGUUACCUGACCUUCUGAAUGCAUUUCACAGCCGUCUGUUCUGUAUGCCCUGUUGGUGGGUCAGCAAGGCAGUUUAAAUCAAGGACAACUCUAGGAAUGCUUUCAUGAUUGGCUAAAAAAAAAAGCGGACUCCGAUUGGCUAGCUAAAGGAAGGAAACUUGACCAGUGGAAACACUCCCCUUAAUUUUUAAUUUUGUAUUUUUAAGAAUUAUUGCUGACAUCCUACUUCUAAAAGCCUUCAAGCUCUGGUGCUUAUUUAGGUCAUGCUUGUGUGUGUUUUUGGAGAGGGGCGUGGCUGUGUGAGACUGGAAAUGGACUGUUGCUGCUGUUUGCAAAAUGAGUGGCUUUCAGGUGUUUUGCUGACAUCAGUGUUUUCCUUGCUAAAAUUUGUAGGGGGAGGGAAGAAGGGUAGAGGGAAUUAACGUAUUUAGUUAUUGCUUCACAUUUAUUGUCAAGGUGGGAGGGGGAAAUGUUUUGCCAUAUUUAUUACAUGCUUGCUUGCCUUUUUUUUGAAGAAAAAAAAUGGCUUAACUGUUGACUUCCUGUUGGCUGCAGAGUCUAUAUGCAGCUGACUCUUCCACGCUGGUCUCCUCUGUUCUUCAGUUCUCCUCAAGAAAUUGUUGCUUGAAAGCAUGUUUGGUUUUCUCAAUUCUGCCCAUGCAGGAAGGAGUUGGUUGGAAGCCCUGACAGUUCGUUUAGAGUUGUGAAAAUGAGCCUCUGCUGCAAAUUUGGGCAACUCCCUUUGCACCUUGCAGAAGGCCUGUCAGUACUAUGGAGGAAUUCUGUAUUCCCAAAUAUCUGUGAGUUGCAAAGUGUCAAACUGGGAAGGAGUGCAAGCCAAUUCUUCUAGGCAGUCUGCACAGUUCGAUCUUUAACCUGUUGGCUGCUUCACAUGUGGCAGUGCGGUAAGAGCCUGAAUCGUGUAACUUUGGCCUAAUGCCUGCACUGACUUAGUGAGAUGAAAUUGACGAGUUCCUCCAAUUGGGCUUGGUUUUGUGUGCCUGUUGAUCUCUUUGGAGGCAGAGCAUAUCCACUGAAAAUAUCCAAGUGGCUUCAGGUGAUACAACCUGUUUGUUGAAAAACGGAGACAAUGACAUUAAUGCAUGUUAAAACCCUGAAGUUCUAGGAGUUGUUUUCUGCCUAUAUCCAGGAGUCUCCCCCCGUGCCAUGAAUUUUCACAGUACUUCCAAGAAGGCACCUAGGUGAGAUGGUACUGAUGAAGUAUUUGAGGGGGUGGGGAAACAUUGAAGGGGAAACUUGUGGUUUCACUGUCUUUGCAGGAGAGAUCAUUAUCUAGAGGAACCAGCUUGAGAGCCUGGCUGCGGCAAACUAGAGUUUCCAAGUGCCCUUGGCUAUGAGGGUCCAGGUGCUAUUGCUAUCUGUGUGUGUGUGUCUGUGUGUGAGAGAGAGAGAGAGAGGAGAAGAGAGGAGGAGGAAGAGAUACCAAGAAUAAUAGCAUAUGAUAAGAUAUAAUAUACAGAAAAGAGGAAUAAAGGUGAUCCCACAUUAAUUGGUCUACCUGCAAAGAGCAGGUGUUCCCUCUCUGGAAAUGAUACUUGAGUUUUGAUUUGAAACUUCAUAAAAGUUCCCAAUGUGAAAAGCCUCAGUUUCUUGGGGCUGAUGAUGACACCUGUUCAAAUAAAACCAGCAAUAAAUGCAGUUCACCCUUGCCGUUCAGGUUUUAUUCCCCACGACCGGUUUUUUAAUGUGUCAGAAAGGACAGCUCUUCAUCCCAAUUAUCAGGGUUUUGUUUUGUUCUGUAGCAUGACAAAAUGUGCAGCUUUUGCUCCAUUGAAGAGAAUCCUGGUGCUUUCCCUCACCCAAAAACUUCCAUGAUAGGGAAGUCGUAAUUUCUCUAAAUCUCAGAAUGAAGUGUGUUGUCACUGAGAGAUUCCCCUGCGCCAAGCUGUCACUUCUUUUGCAGUGGCUGGUGGAUGUGCUAGUGUCUGGGUCACCUUUCCCUACACAUCCACCUCUUUGCCAUUAGAUGAACUUUGUUAACUUAUUUUUCUCUUUUGUGUUUUACUGCAAUGGAGGCUGAACACUCCCCUGUUAACAGAAAGAAGUUCUUGUGAAAGCAUGUGGUCCAUUAAGGCUUCCCUAUCCCUGCUGUGGCAUCGCCCCAACAUUUCAUUAAUUUUUUUUGCCUCCUAGAAAUCUUCUUUUCCUAUGCUCCCCCACAGAUCUUCCACUUCUUCUUUUUUUUUUAAAAGAAGAAGCAGAAAGGCUAUUCCACCCUGUGUUACUUCUGCACUACGUAUGUACCUCUGUUGCACAGGAGUGGAUUGUUGCCCAAUUUGUGGCCGAUUCGACGACUAAAACAUCUGCUGGAAAUUCCGUGAACAAGUUCAACUGGUAGCUUGCUGGUUCAACCAGGCAACACUGUCACAGCCUUGUUGUUUGGUUGCGGCCUGUGUUCCAUUGAUAUAUAUGGCAUUUCCAAGCUGUUGCAUCUUUCUAACGAAGCAAACUUACAUGUUUCUGUGGUUUUUAAACUUUUGGAGGGCUAAAAAUGUAACUUGAAAGGGUUGAGGGAAAUACACUUUGUAAGAGCUG